GACCACUUCGGUAUAUCUGGACAUAUCCGUUCGAGGACCCGAGGUAUUGCUACGCAAAAACGGUGAAGCCGUUUGAGAUUGUUAAGGUCGCAUGGGGCAUGAUUAUUGACGCUGUCAUCUGGUCGCUUCCACAUUUCGUGGUUUGGCAGCUCCAACUUCGACGCGCGCACAAGAUCGCCAUCUCGUGCAUUUUCGCUCUAGGUCUACUCAACAUUCUAGUGGCUGUCUUUCGCAUCAUUUCAAUUGUCCGGGUUAAUUUCCGCGGAGACAUGACUGACGACCUCGCUGCUGCUAUGGCUUGGAUGUACGCACAGCUCAGCACAGCCAUCAUACUUGCUUGUUGUCCGCUCCUACGUCCAGUAUUCGAAAAGAUGAUCCCAAGACAACUGACACGCAUUCGCCGGAACACAUCUAUGUCUAGCCAAAACACAAGCCAGAGAAUUCAAAAGACAACCAACAUCCUUGUCCACCCAAACUCGACUGAGACACGCAGCCGACCUCUAGGUAUCAUCAUCCACGAUGAUGCGAAUGUUGAGCCUAUCGGCCCCAAGUUCGAAGUCGAACGAAGUCAGCCUGUUUCAGGUCGCCGCUUGUCCUGCUUGUUCUGAUCCUGAUGCCGCCCUGAUCGGCCUCUUUUUAUCUGCAAUUAUCUUCCGAUGCUAGACUUCGACACUGCUUUAAAACUCAGGUUAUCACCUGGCUUCAUUGAAUACAGUGCACACUUCCCUCGCGGGUUCCAAGGCUU